CGCAAAACAGAGAAAUCAUUUGAUAGAUUCAGGGGCUAAAGUAUUGCAAGUAGAUCAGCAAUUAAAAAAAUUUGAACACAUUUUGCAAAAACUUGAAAAAAAUUUAAAUAUCUCAAGAGCUACCCUCGAUGAUAUAAUUGAUCGUCUGAUAUUUCUAACAGAAGUGCCAAAGAAAGAUAAAUUUUUGGAAAUUAUUAAAGACUUAUUAAUCGAUGUGGAUGUUGUGAAUAGAGAAACGUUUUUCCAAGUAAUUAAAAAUCGAACAAAGAAUUAUAUUAACGGUGAUAUAGUCACAAGAAAACGAAAAAUUAUCAGUGAAACUAUAUUCGAUGUACUUUUAAGAGCUUCUGUGCUCGAGGCAGAUUUACAAGGAAUUUCUGACUCAUUUUUUUCUGAGAUAGAGUUAUCAAUUGAAUUUGAAAAAAAUUGCUCAGAGAAAAUAUGGAAAAGUUUGCAAAAUUCUUCCAAAUUCAUAAAAUGUGAGAGAAACGUGAAUUUAACUGCACUGAGAGUUUUGCAUUCAAUCAAAAUGGCGGACAGAGACACCAUUUUGAUUCCCAUGUCUAAACUCAAUGACUUUCAUAUUGAAUCUUUGAGUUUUUAUGGGAAUAAAGAAAGAAAUAUAGUAGUUUUAGUUGAUAAAGAAAUGAGUUAUAAAGAUCUAGUGGAAAAGCCAAACAUUUAUUUUGUUGGGAAGAUCCAAGGGCUUUCUUCAUUUGAUGAACUUCCGAUAUUUUCAUAUGAUGAACUCACGGUAAAAGCAAAAAAGGAAUUUGAAGAGAGGAUUAUAAAAAUUCAAAAUUUUCCGUUACAGUUGAGACGUAUUCCAAAUAAUGGUUCCAAAGAUUACAAAGAAUUGUUUGAAAAACUCUUUAUUUUCUUCAGUUAUUGGAAGGUUGUUGAAGAUUAUGAAGAUCAUGGAAUGUAUGGAGACCAAGAAGACUAUAAUGACUAUAAAGACUAUGAAGAUUAUUAUGACUAUGAAGAAUAUGAAGACCAAGAAGACUAUAAUGACUAUGAAGAUUAUAAUGACUAUGAAGACUAUAAUGACUAUGAAGACCAUGAAGACUAUGAAGACUAUAAUGACUAUGAAGACUAUAAUGACUAUGAAGACUAUAAUGACUAUGAAGACUAUGAAGACUAUAAUGACUAUGAAAACUAUAAUGACUAUGAAGAAUAUGAAGACCAAGAAGACUAUAAUGACUAUGAAGACUAUAAUGACUAUGAAAACUAUAAUGACUAUGAAGAAUAUGAAAACCAAGAAGACUAUAAUGACUAUGAAGACUAUAAUGACUAUGAAGACUAUAAUGACUAUGAAGACUAUGAAGACUAUAAUGACUAUGAAGACUAUAAUGACUAUGAAGACUAUAAUGACUAUGAAAACUAUAAUGACUAUGAAGAAUAUGAAGACCAAGAAGACUAUAAUGACUAUGAAGACUAUAAUGACUAUGAAGACUAUGAAGACUAUAAUGACUAUGAAAACUAUAAUGACUAUGAAGAAUAUGAAGACCAAGAAGACUAUAAUGACUAUGAAGACUAUAAUGACUAUGAAGACUAUGAAGACUAUGAAGACUAUAAUGACUAUGAAAACUAUAAUGACUAUGAAGACUAUGAAGACUAUAAUGACUAUGAAAACUAUAAUGACUAUGAAGAAUAUGAAGACCAAGAAGACUAUAAUGACUAUGAAGAUUAUAAUGACUAUGAAGAUUGUAAUGACUAUGAAUACUAUAAUGACUAUGAAGACUAUAAUGACUAUGAAGAUUAUAAUGACUAUGAAGAUUGUAAUGACUAUGAAGACUAUAAUGACUAUGAAGAUUAUAAUGACUAUGAAGAUUGUAAUGACUAUGAAUACUAUAAUGACUAUGAAGACUAUAAUGACUAUGAAGAUUAUAAUGACUAUGAAGAUUGUAAUGACUAUGAAGACUAUAAUGACUAUGAAGAUUAUAAUGACUAUGAAGAUUGUAAUGACUAUGAAGAUUAUAAUGACUAUGAAGAUUGUAAUGACUAUGAAGAUUAUGAUUUUCCAUUGGGAAAAUCAUUCACUUUGAAGAAUAUGAUGAAAAAAUUUAAACAAAAGUAUCCUCAUUUUGUGAUUGAACGUAUUCAACUUAAUUUACUUAUUGAUAUUUUUGAGGAACUGGGAACAAACGGAAAGAUUUUUACUGAAUAUGAUGCAAAAGAAUUUCUUCUUGAUAAAAUUUUAUCCUUCAAUGAAAAAUCUUUGUUACUAUAUCGAGAACUUAUUGAAUACUAUUAUACCUAAUACUAGAAUGUUUGUCAGAGAACAGAACUGAAGAAUCAGAAUAAAGAAUUAAAGUAAAUGACCAAAAAAAGCUCUGAACCAAUUUAUUACAGCUUAAGUUCUUUUUAUACAUAUUCUGGACGGUGGAGCUAAUUAACAAGUGUGAUAGUCCCAAUAGAUUUAAUUGUAUCUUAGACUUUUUGAUAAAGCGAUAGUGUUCCUUUUUUUUACAAUACCCUACAGCAAUUAUGCUGGGCCGCGUCUCUCAACCCCAAAUUUGUUACCCUGGCUUAUACAACCUGAGAAGGAGCUUUUCCUUGGUUUUGCUCUGGAGGUUGGUUGACAACACUAAGACGCCCAAGGGCGCAUGAAGAUAGGAUAAAUGUAAUUGAGAUGAAUAAAGUUAAAAUGAAAUGAAAAA